UCUUACAGUUCUAACUCGUUUUAGUCGGUGCUAAACAACUCGUUGCAAAAUGACUGAACAAGCCAAAGCUAAGAAAAAGGCUGCUCCUAAAAAGCCAGCAUCUCAUCCAACUUACAUUGAGAUGAUUACUGCUGCCAUUGGUGCUUUGAAAGAAAGAAAUGGUUCUUCUCGUCAGGCAAUCGCUAAGUACAUUCAAGCCAACUACAAGGUUGAUGCUGGUAACAUGAACACCCAUCUUAAGAUGGCGUUGAAACGCGGUGUCGAAAGCGGAAAACUAGCCCAGCCUAAAGGCACAGGAGCUAGCGGAUCGUUCAAAUUGAACCAGGCUGCAGCAAAGGCAGACGCAGCUGCAAAGGUUAAGAAAGAAAAGGCUAAGAAGAAGGCAGCAGCAGAUAAAGAAAAGAAAGCAGCAAAGAAAGCGACCAAGAAGGCUAAGAAGCCAACGAAGAAGGCUUCCAAGUCACCAAAGAAGGCAAAAAAACCGGAAAAGAAAGCAGCCAAGCCAAAGAAGACAAAGUCUCCUAAAAAGGCCAAGGCAAAGAAGCCAAAAGCCAAGAAGUCUACCAAGUCUCCAAAGAAAUCUAAGAAGUAGACGGUGUAUUUUUCAAACCAAACGGCUCUUUUCAGAGCCACCACUUACACGAAAGAGAUCAAUAGCUUUUUAUGUUAAAUUAAUUUAAUGAGUCAUUAUUACAUGCAUACAUACAUACAUUAAAAUAUUAUUUAAGGCAUAAUGGAAAUCAUUAAAAUAAUGUUAAGUUAAAAUAGCCUAAAAUUAUCUGCUAAUUGUAGUGUACAUUUUGGGUCUGAUGAACAAUGUUGGAUCUAGAGCUUUUAUUUUAAUAGUCGAAAUUAAAAGUUAUUUGUGU